CCCAAAACGCAUUACCUCACACGACCCUGCUGCUCUGUUGUCCUCUGCAUGUGUCAAACUUCUCCACUGCCCCCUGUGGCGCUAAAAUGGCGAGCUGUGGUUUGUUCUCUUCGUGCGCUUGAGAUCUCGCAUGGCCGGAGCCUGUUGCAAGUGCCUGGUGUCUCUGUCUGUGCUUAAGCGCUCUUUGUCGGUUGCGCCACGGGGCUCAGGCUCGGCAGCUCCUCGCUCCCUCCUCCCAGGGUGGAGGCUAGGGGAGAGGGGCCUGCAGGAGGCCGCCCGACCGUCCUGCGCCCUCAGACCCACUAGCUUUUACCGACACACGACCUUCCUCUGUCUGUCCUGCCAGGAGUCCAUGAGCGAGAGUCUCCGGACCUGCUAUGUGUACCUGAACCAAACCAGCCGGAGUUUUGCUGCUGUCAUCCAGGCCUUGGACGGAGAGCUGAGACAUGCAGUGUGUAUUUUCUACCUGGUGUUGCGAGCCUUGGACACUGUGGAGGAUGACAUGACCAUCCCACUGGAGAAGAAGGUGCCCAUGUUGAAUAACUUCCACACUUAUCUGUACCAGGAUGAGUGGUGCUUCACAGAAAGCCAGGAGAAGGACCGCCAAGUCCUUGAGGAUUUCCCCACUAUAUCACUGGAGUUCAGAAAUCUUGCUCAGGAAUACAGAGAGGUCAUCUCAGAUAUCUGCCACAGAAUGGGAGUGGGAAUGGCUGAAUUUUUGGAGAAGAAAGUUGAAUCCAUGAAAGAGUGGGAUAAAUACUGUCACUAUGUGGCUGGGCUGGUCGGCAUUGGCCUGUCACAGCUGUUCUCUGCGUCUCAGCUUGAGGACCCUGAGGUGGGACAAGACAGUGAUCUAGCCAAUUCUAUGGGACUGUUUCUACAGAAGACCAAUAUCAUUCGAGAUUAUCUGGAGGACACUCAAGAUGGACGUGCUUUCUGGCCAAAAGAGGCAUGGAGCCAGUUUGCAGACCGCCUGGAGGAUUUUGUGCAGCCAGAGAAGCUGGAGUCAGCCCUGUCCUGUCUCAACUUUUUAGUCACUGAUGCUCUUCGCCAUGUCCCAGAUGUCAUCACUUAUCUGUCCCGUCUACGCAACCAGAGUGUGUUUAACUUCUGUGCAAUUCCACAGGUAAUGGCAAUAGCAACACUAUCAGCAUGCUACAACAACCCCAUGGUCUUCCAGGGAGUUGUGAAGAUCAGGAAAGGACAAGCAGUAACACUUAUGAUGGAAGCUACCAAUAUGAGAGCUGUGCAGGCCAUUAUUGCCCAGUACAGUCAAGAGAUUUUACAUAAGGUGUCCCUCACAGACCCGUCACGGGACAAGACUCUACAUGCCCUCGCUGUUAUUCGAGAGAAGUCCCAGUCUAGCUAUGCCAACAGAGCCAACCAUUUGUCCCCUAUGUACCUGUCUGCUGCUAUGCUUCUCGCUGCCCUCAGCUGGCAGUACCUCAGUACUACAGCAGCACAGGCCCAAGGCACAGGGGACAUGCAGGGACAAUAGACGACAUCAUGCUUAUCUAAUACAUCAACAUAUUCAAAUGCUGAGAACAACGUUUGGAUUUUUCAGUUUGUGUAAAUGUUCAACCCAAAAUAGGAGAUAAAAAAAAAUUACCCCAUUCUAAGGCUUCUCCCGGACCACAGACUUCUCCCAAAUGGAGAGCCGUUGUAUAUUAUUUGUUGUAAUCUUGUUUCCAACUGGAGAUAUAAGGGAAUUUGGUGUAGUUACAUGCACCAUUAUAUCACUUUAACGUUCAGGCUGUUAGUAUGGUGUUGUUUCUUUUUCUUUUUUUUUUAACUGAGCUUAAUCUUGGCAUCUUGAUCAAUGCUAAAAUGUUUAUAUUUUUAAACAUUUGUUUUACAAGGGGAAACUGCACUUCAGUUUUCAUGUUGAUGUUUACUGCACUUGGUCUUCUCAGUGUAAUAUACAACAGCAUUGUUGAAUGUUUCAACUGUGCGUAAAAUAGAGUACCUCUGCAAUUUGAGAGAAUAGAAUUAAAUAAUAUACUUGUGUAUUUCUGACACAAUAUUGAAUUAGGCAUAUGAAGAUGCUAGCCAAGUGUCCUUACAGCUUUGGUGAGUAGAAAGGCUAGAUGCACCUUGUACAGAACCAAAGAGAGAUACAAACAUUGCUAUGUAAUGUGUUAUAAUGAUUUAUAAAUAUGUGAUCAAUAAAUGGCUAUAGAGAA